AUCAGCUUCGUCCAGUAUGCAAAAUUGAUAAGUUGGCUCAAGGAAGUUACUGAGAAGUUACGUGAAGGAGACAGACCUAAAGGGAACUCAAGCUGAGCUUCAAGUCCUCACAAGGUGCUGACAUCUGUCACCACCAAGGACAGGAGAGGAGACAAGACCAUGUGGCAGUUCUCCGCUCUGCUCUUCCUCUUCCUCCCAGGUGGAUGCACUGUUCAAGGUUCAAUCACAGGUCAAAAGGGGGCGAGAGGUAAGGAGCAGGGUUCCUUGACAGUGCAGUGCCGAUAUACCUCAGACUGGAAGGAAUAUGAGAAGUACUGGUGCCGAGGAGCAGGUUGGAGAUCAUGUGAGUUUCUCAUUGGAACCGAUAAAUCAGACAAGUUGGUGAAGAAGAACCGUGUGUCCAUCCAGGACAACCAGACAGACUUCAUCUUCACGGUGACCAUGGAGGAUCUGAGAAUGAGUGAUGCUGGCAUUUACUGGUGUGGAAUUUCAAGAAUUGGGCAGGAUCACAUGUUUGAAGUGAAUGUGAAUGUUGACCCAGCUCAGGAGAGUUCAGCUACAAACUUGACCAAUAUGGCCACACCUGUGACAUCCACACCACCAACCACGGAGAACACUGGCAAGGAACAAGUGACUCAGCCCAGCCCCCACACCAGGUCUCUUCUGAGCAGCCUCUACUUCCGGGUCCUGGUGUUUCUGGAGUUGCCCCUGCUCCUGAGCAUGUGUGGUGCCGUCCUCUGGGUGAAUAGGCCUCAGAGGUGCUCUGUGGGAAGCAGUGCUCAGCCCUGUUAUGAGAACCAGUGACAUCUGUUGACAUCGAGGUCAUGUCCCUGGACACAGCUUCUGUCAUGGCUGAGGAAAACCAGUAAAUAUUUUUGAGAAUGCUCUGAGACUUUUAGAAGAUUCUUUGUGCUGUAUCAAACACAUAAAAGAUUGUACCAAAUGAAUACCUUUAUAUUUAAAUAAAAUUUCAGAGUAGAAAGAUGGCUCAGUGGUUAGAAUACAUGUUCUUCCAGAGGUCCUGAGUUCAAUUCCCAGUAACCACUUGGUGGCUCACAGCCAUCUGUAAUUGAUUCUGACGCCCUCUUCUGGCAUACAGGUGUACGUUCAGAUGGAACACUCACAUACAUAAUUAAAUAAA